AUGUCAUGUGAUGGAACUGACCAAGGCCAGGCACCACUUGAUGAGGAAGGACAAGCUGAAGAUGUCAUAGAUGAUGGUGCAAGGGGAGUUCAGGGGUUGAUUCAAGAUUUGCGCGACGCAGCAAGCCAUGGCCUCGGUGGUAACUUAUAUAAACAACUCAUGGAAGAGGCAAAGCGUGAACUUUAUCCAGGUUGCACUGAGGAGACUAGGCUAUCUUUCAUGAUUAAACUGCUGCAUAUAAAAGUGUACAAUCGGAUAACAACAUCUGGGUUCGAUGCAUUCCUUGAGUUGCUUUCUUCAACUUUGAAGAAUGUGCCCGGAAUUCCUAAGUCAUAUAACGAGAUGAAAGCUGUGUUUUGGAAGCAUGGUUUUGGUUAUGUUUCUAUUGAUGCGUGCAAGUAUGAUUGUGCCUUGUUUUGGAAGGACCAUGAAGGCGAUGAUCAUUGCCCAGUUUGUGGCUUCACAAGAUGGAAAGUGAACAAGGAGGGCAGAAAGAAAGUUCCUCACAAGGUCCUCCGUUACUUUCCAAUAAUUCCACGCCUUCAAAGGCUUUUCAUGUCAAAGCAGCGGGCACAAUAUGCAAGAUGGCACAAGGAAAAGAGGGUACCCAUUGAAAAUGAAAUGAGACAUCCUGCUGAUGGGGAAGCUUGGAAAGAUUUUGAUGAGACUUUCAAGUCUUUUGUAGAUGAUCCCCGCAAUUUGAGGUUAGCCAUUGCUACUGAUGGAUUUAACCCAUUUGGUCAGAUGAGCAAUUCAUAUAGCCUAUGGCCAGUGUUAGUGGUACCAUACAAUUUUCCACCCUGGAUGUGCAUGGACAAUUCCAAUUAUAUGCUUGCUUUACUAAUUCCAGGCAAAAAAUCACCAGGCAAAGAUUUCCAUGUGUUUAUGCAGCCUUUGAUAGCAGACCUGAUGGAGCUUUGGAAGGGUGUAAAAACUUAUGAUGCAGUUGAAGGCAAAGACUUUAGCCUGCGUGCAGCGAUUCUGUUUGGAAUCCAUGACUACCCUGCAUUGGGCACCAUGUCAGGCAGAACCACUAAGGGUUACUUUGCAUGUGUAUACUAUGAUGAGAAUCCAUGCUCCGAAUGUCUUAGAAACAAAAUUGGUUUCAUAAACCAUAGACAUUUCCUCCCUAACGACCAUGCUUGGAGGACAAACAAAUCUUUCAAUGGCAAGCAUGAAAAAAGAGAGCAGCCAAGGAAAUUUACUGCAGAUGAGGUUAUGGCAAGGUUGGAUUCAGUUUGCUAUGUUCCAGGCAAGAAUCCAAAUAAGCCAAAACCAAGAAAACGAUAUCGUAAUGUAGAUGAACCAGUAUGGCAUCUGAAGGUUAGCUUGUAUGAUUUACCAUACUGGUCAAAAUUGAAGCUACAGCACAACCUUGAUGUUAUGCACAUAGAGAAAAACAUAUGUGAAGCCAUUUUGUCAACUCUGCUUAAUAUCCCAAAUAAGACAAAGGACACCAUCGCUGCUAGACUAGAUUUGGAGGAUAGAGGUAUAAGAAAAGAGCUUCAUUUGCUAGAUGACAGUGGUAGUUCAUCAUCAAAGCCAAGAGCUUGUUACGUUCUAAAACCAGAAGACAAGAAGAAGUUCUUGCAAUUUGUGAGCAAUGUUAAGUUUCCAGAUGGCUAUGCCUCCAACAUAUCAAGAUGUGUCAAUAUGGAGGGAGGAGGAUCAAUCCAUGGGCUGAAAACACAUGACUGUCAUAUAAUGCUGCAGCAUAUUUUACCAACUGGCCUUCGUGGUUUGGUGCGCAAAAAUGUAUAUGAAGUAAUUGCUGAAUUGGGUUGGUUUUUUAGACAAAUUUGCUCCAAAACUAUAAAGGUUGAUGCACUACACCAGAUGAAGGAAGAUAUUGUGCUUAUCAUUUGCAAGCUAGAGAAAAUCUAUCCUCCAGCAUUUUUCGAUGUUAUGGUUCACCUAGCAGUACACUUACCUGAUGAGGCACUCCUUAGGGGACCGGUGCAGUAUGGAUGGAUGUAUCCCAUUGAGAGAAGGUUGGGCACCUUUAAGCGUUUCGUUCGCAAUCAAGAAAGACCAGAAGGAUCUAUUGCGGAGGCAUACACCGCCUAUGAGUGUAUGACCCAGUGCUCAACAUAUUUCAGUGACAUCAUUAGUAGGUUCACUAGGCCUGAAAGAAACUUAGAUGGACAAGAGAACAUCUCACCCAAUGGUUACUCUAUUUUUGAUCAUGGUAUUAACCUGUUGGGUGCUUCAAAUCUUCAUUACCAAGACAAAGACAUAGACUCCAUGGUUUGGUUUGUUCUAAAUAACUGCGAAGAAGUUGACGAAUACAAAGAGUGA